AUGGGUCGUAAGCACUCUCCUUUGAAGCGUGAGUUCGAGUUGCUUGGAGGCUUAUAUGCCCGUCUCUCGUUUGAUCGGGCAAAGGGAAGAGAGAUACGACGAAGCGAUGAAAGACACACGAAGGUAGACGAAGGAAGAUGUGAGAAGGAAGCUCGCAGGCGCGCAGUUCACUACUCCGGAUGUCGUAGCCGAUCGCGAAGAGGUAGGCGUCUCGGGGUCUACGACGCCGAAGAAAGAGAAGGUAGAAGCAGCGAGGUUGCUGUGGAGUUGGCGAAUGGAAGUGAAAACGAAGUGGAAGAGAAAGAUGCGAGGGAAGGUCCGAGGGACAAAGGAGGUCCGACGGGAGUACGCAACAUCGCCGCAGAUGGUAAGGUUUGUAGUGAAGGUCAACGGGAAAGGAGGUAUGGAGGGGAUAGCCGAUCUUCGGUGCCUACCUUCCGUUUUUUCCUCUUCUCGUUGCCGGCAAUGGAUUGGUGCUGCAACAGCAGUGAUUGA